CACAAAUGUUUAACAUGCCGCAAGCGCAACAACAGCAGGUAGCUGUUGCUGGCCGCUCACGGACUCCGCAGAGCGAUACAUUACCUGGCGGCAGAACAUCGACGGCUCCCCAAGCAGCACAGCAAGCUUUCAACUACUCUUCCGCUCAGCAGGUCAUGAUGCAGCAACCACAACAACAGCAAAACAUCUUACAACAACAAAAUCUCCUAUUGAAUCAAGCUUCUGCGCAAUUGCAGAACUAUCAGCAACAGAUUCUCCUGGCAGAUGCGGGGGUGCUGAAUCAGGACGCUUUGCAACAAGAACAAGGACAGCAAGUAAAUGUGGGGGAAAUUGUACAACAACAAUUAGCUGCCCGCCAAGUGCCACAAGCUCAACAAGAGGAAGAACAGCAGUCUGGUACUGCUAUUGCGAGAUCAUCUAGCGGAGGUUCGCCUGGUCUUGGGGGUCUAGACCCUGCAAUUGUCGACCGAUUGCAUCCUGGACUAGCUAGUGAGCUCGGUGAGCACGGCGAUCAUCAUUGGAGCGCUUUAGACGGUGCAAGGAACUGGUUCCACACACCUGGAAACUCGGACAAGGAGGAGGAAGAAGACGGCAACAAGUCACAACCGCUAACUGGUCGACAUUUGCAGCCACCUAGGUACAUGCCUGUCGUACCGUUGGGUUCUGGGGUGCCGUUCGUACAGCCGACAAACACUCUUUCGCCGCGACCGCCAAGCCCAACAGCGAUGUACACCAAUAUGAAGAGUGCUAGCAAGCUGGCUAAAGCAACGUGGGACGCUUUGCGACAGAUCAAUGAGGAAACGGCAAUGGCCCUACGUAUAAACCAGAUUCGAUUGCAUGGCGGGAACGUUCUAGAUCUAGAUGGAGAAGGUGGAAUGACGAAUCCGAUGUUUGCAGCUUCAGUAGUGAGAAGAAGCCUGAGUCCUCCAGUCCUUGGCUCAAAAAUUCCGUUUUUGAAGUUGCCGGAGAAUGGGCUUCUUCAUGCAAAUGCAACAGAAUUAGAUGGAGGCGCUCCGCGAGCUUUUUCAUCUCCACCAGGACGAGCUGGAGGUGCAUACGGUGGGAUGAACUACAGAAGUCUUUUCGGAGGAUCUUCUGGAUCGCCUACUCAUCUUCUGCCUGACAUGAGCCUCGAUUUCGAAGAACAUCUGCGCGCUUUGCGUGAGUGGCGUCGCAAAAUGGUCCUGGGACUCCACGACAGGGACAGCGAUCAUCUGCCAGAUCCAGUUUUGAGACGUGGGCGAUCUAGAUCGAGGUCACCAAUGACUACAGGUGGAGGUCGUGGUGGUGGGGUCGGUGCCUCUGCAACGAAUUACACUGCUACUGUCCCAAUGUCCCCUCUGGGACAUCAGAAGAUCUACGCGAAUGAUGCUACUUCUGCGAGAGUAAAGCGUAUGCUAGAGCAAUCAGCGAUGUACAUGAAAGCUGCCGACGAGGAGGAAGCUGCCGCGUUUGUUCAAAGAAAGAACCGAGGAAACAUCAACACCACAACUUCAACUUCUAACUAUCCUGUUGCAAAUUCAAGUGGAAUGCCCAGUUACCUCCUGGCCAACUAUGCGAAGACGUUCUCGAAUUCCGUACACGAUUUUCGGAUCAGAGGGAGAGGAACUGGCGCAGCGGGUGCCGCUGCACUUGCGCAGAUGAACACUCAGACGAGACCACAGCCGGAAGGUACUGUGGGUGCAGAUGUAGUAAGUAGUGCAGGUGCAGUACGUACUAGUGCUGUGGCUCCUCUUUUCCGCGGUGUGGAUGUUGGCAACACGACACGAUCGCCGUCGCCAAGAGUAGUAGCAGAUAUGCUUGCCAAUCCUGCGGUUGCGCGAUCUAGAUCGGUGCCUCCUAGAGAAGGUCUCGGAAUCAUCCCCACCGCGCCAACGAGCGACUAUAUGGAGAGUUUGAAGGUGAACAAAGUGAAGAACUGGGGCAACAGCAAUGUGGGAGCAACAGCAGGGAAGAGUGCGACAUCAAGUGUAAGUGGAGCGCCGCAGGCGAAUGCAACCUCGACAAGUGCAGGAACGGCGAAUGCAGCAGGCACUUCAGCGGCAACUGCUGUUGCUGCUCCCGCAGAGCAGCGUCCUCGCUCCCAAUCCGUGUUACCAUACUCGGUCCGCCUCAAGCGCAGUGUCUCGCCUCUAGAUGAGUAUCACGCACUCCGCAGUCUCAGAGAAGCAAGAAAAAGUGGGAUUUCUGAACGCGCGAAGCGACUUAGUUCGCCACCAUUCGGGCUUCACCAAGGAGCCAAAGACGCCGAGCGCUUCCGCGCUCUACGUUGCCACUCGCCAGCUAAACUCCUAGUUGAGACCGAUCGUGCCCUAGCCAAGGUUCGUGCGCGCAGUGCAGCUGCUGCACGCAUCCUAACCGGUGAGGAAAGUCCAUUUAGGCGACAACCAGGCGUGCAUCGCUAUGACCGCACGCGUGGAACGGUACUGUAUGCACCACAAGACCACGCAGCAACUGGUGGCGAGGUUUUUUCACCAUCAAGAGAAAUGGCUUUGGACCACUAUUCGGGAGCUCUGAUGGCCCAUCGACAACUGACAGCUACUGCAAGUGAGAGAGCGGCACGAGCAGGAGGGGUGAAUGUCGCAAACUUCGGAAACGGAAACAUCAAUCAGAACACCAACAUCAAUCCACUGAUGAAUACAUCAACCAGCAGAACAGCUGGCAACAUUUUGGCAGCAAGAACUGUUGCAGGACUGCCAUUAUCGGGUGCUGGCGGUGCUGAUCCUACUGUAGAAGAAGUCGCAAAGCAACAAACCGAAGACACUUUGCUGAGGGAAUUGGCUAAAUUGCAACUACCACGUUCGGAAAGAGGUGCACCUACUAAUUCUGGC